GCAGGGGAGCUCGAGCCGUCUGCUGCUCGCGAGCUCGCGAGAAAUGCCGUGGGUAUUUCAAGUAGCUCAUGGAUUAAAGAGCGUCAAAUUUGUAGGAGUGAAGGAACUGCUGGGGGGAAAACUACACGUAGAGUCAUAUCUCGUGUAAAAGGUGAUGUAAAGUGGUUUAUAUUUUAUCUUUGCUAUAUUUGGUUUUACUUUAAGUGAUGCGCGCGCUCAGUUUAAGCCACCAGCCCACCAACAACUCUCUCUCUCUCUUACUGAGAUAAGAGGAAAAAAAAGGCCCUGUAAGGGCACGUCUAAUCUGACAGCCCCGCCCACUACGAGUCCUGUGGUUUUGCACCUGCCUCUGAGCACAAAACCUCCAGGAGCUCCUUUUACCUGCACUGCAGCGUUCACCGAGCCCCUUACUUACUGAAACCUCCGCCGCGGCACAACAGAGGCGUGAGCAUCUACUGUGGACAGGUAUGCAACAUGCGGGCUGUCUGACCAGCAACUGCAGCUCACCUCCAACUGAUGAAGAAGACGCACCUUAAAAAAAAACCCCAACAACAAUCCGGAGAAGUCGGUGCAGCCAGUAGCUGAGAUUUUCUGAGUGUUUGAUGUCAGGGGAAACGAACCCGAGGCUGUGACUGCCACACGGGGACAUGUGCUAAGUAACACAGGAGGAGAAGGGACGUAAACAUGCAGUAAGUGGCAGCCAGGUAGCCUACUACGCAAGAGCGCUCCCUCCGGACCUCCUCUCUGAACUUUACCCGCUGAGCUCGGACGCGAUGGCUGCUGCUGCUGGUGGUGCUGCCACUCUGGGAGAAGUUGGAGGCGUCUGGCACGGCAUCGACGGUGUCGCACAAGUCGGCUCUCAUUUCUUCCUCACGGAGAGCCAGACGCGGCUGGAAGAGCACCUCGUACCUGGGGACAGAUUCUCGGAUUUAACGCACCUCAAAGGAAUUCUCAGGAGGAGGCAGUUGUACUGCAGAACUGGAUUUCAUCUGGAAAUACUUCCGGAUGGCACAGUGCAAGGCACGAGGAAGGACCACAGCCGUUUUGGUAUUUUGGAAUUCAUAAGCCUGGCUGUUGGAUUGAUAAGCAUUAAAGGGGUGGACAGUGGACUCUAUCUGGGGAUGAACAACAAAGGAGAGCUGUAUGGCUCUAAGGAGCUCACGGCUGAUUGUGUCUUCAGGGAGCAGUUUGAGGAGAACUGGUACAACACGUACUCAUCCAACCGCUACAAGCACGGAGACAAAGGGACGCGUUACUUUGUGGCAUUAAAUAAAGAUGGGACACCAAGGGAUGGGACUAAAUCCAGGCGGCACCAGAAAUUUACACACUUCUUGCCCAGGCCUGUGGACCCCGAGCGCGUGCCAGAGCUGUACAGGGAUAUCCUGGGACACAGCUGAGAACUGGAGGCCUGGUCCAGAUCAGGAAUAGAUGCUUAAAAAGCCCUGGCAGGCAGUCAUGGCAGCAGAAAGGAAGAAGGAGGGACGCAGGCGGGGAUGUGACUGGUCGCAGGCUGGCGAACAGCAGCCCAACCAGCGGGGAUAAAGGCAUCAGAGAAGGGGGUGGGGGGCCUCUUGUAGGAAUGCACGGGCCAUCAUCUCUCAGCAGCCAGGAGGACAGGCUAGAAUGUCUGCACGCUCUGCAUGAGGGCAUCAUUUGUUUCCACAAAAGUACCUGCGUGGAUUAGGAGACAAAUAAGAAGCAGGGCUGAACGGUUGUGGAGUAUCUCCUCGGUUGGACAGAGAUGCCAGCUGGUGUGGAGUCUGUGGGAAUCUGUGACAUUACAAGAUGGUACUACAGUGUCAGUCAGAGAGACGUAGCUUGAUCAGAAGGACUUUGAAGGAAUACAGAUUUUUUGAAAAUCUCACCUGUCUUUAGACCUGUUUGAAAAAACAAAGUGUAAAAGCUUAUUUAUUCAUUUUAGAUACACAUAUUUAUGUUAUAUAUUUAUUUAUUUGAGAAUAUAUUUUUACAGCUAGAAUCGUAACAAUAAUAUAGAAAACAAAAGCCCACUAGAAACUGUACUAUAGAAAAACUGACACACUGAACUGAACUGUCGUUUAUUCAGCUAGUACUAAUGACUAAAAAAUUAUGAAAAACAAUAGCAAAUGUUUUGAAAAGAUUCCCACAUCUGGCAUGCAUUUUAUCAUAAUGUGAUUACUGUGAAUUACUUCUUUUUUUUUUUUGACACGGCAAUUAUAACCAAACUACUGUUACAUUUGAAGUCAGCAAAGUGACACUAUGAACAAUAAAUUGCUCAAAUUCUGAUUAAAAUGCUGUGUUUGUGAGCUUAUAAGGGUAGCGAUCGCACACUGUGUGUUCACCUA